UUGUUGUUUCAGCCUGAGGGAGUCGAGAAGCGCAAGACCCAGUCAUAUGUUCUUGAUCCUCAAGGUGUGUUGAAAGACAGAAAACAGGCUUCUGAAGGAAAUCAAGACUUGAAUAAAACAAAAAACGCAACCUUUCCCAGUGAACGUACAUUUGAUAGAUCGAAAAACACGCAGUUUGAUAAUAUUCUAGUUAAAGUACCUAAAGACAGCAUAGAAGAAUCUAUUAGCGCCAUGAUUCACUUUACCGGUAAUAUGAUUGGACCAGUUGUCACUAAUCUGAUCAAAGGAGGACUAGAGAGCCUUUUGCGCAUGCCCACUGGAUGUGGUGAACAAACCAUGAUAUACAUGUCCCCCAAUGUGUACGUCCUACAGUACCUCACCAACACUAGACAAGUAACAGCAAGCGUUGAGGAGAAAGCAUACAAGUUUAUCCAGUCAGGCUAUCAACGUGAACUCAACUAUCGACGAUCUGAUCAUUCGUUUAGUGCAUGGGGAGAAAGUCGUCCUGGCAGUACAUGGCUGACAGCUUUCGUUCUUAAAGUAUUUUGUCAAGCCAGUAGGUUUGAUGGCGUGCAGAUUGACCAGGAUCUCCUAUGUCUGUCUGUUGACUGGCUGGUUCAAAACCAACGUGCAGAUGGUGCCUUCCCAGAAAUGAGGGCUGUAAUUCAUAGAGAGAUGGUGGGUGGUGCGUAUCAAAGUCAUAGCGACAUUGCAAUGACAGCAUUCGUGGUCACCGCUCUAAUGGAAUGUAAAUGCAACGGCUUGCUUAAAACAGCUGCCAUCACGAGAGCUAUUACUUUUCUUGAAAAUAAUAUGGCGAACAUUAACAACAAACCUUACCAUUUGGCUCUUACAACGUAUGCGUUAGCGAUGGCAAACAGCCCGGCAAGAAUCAGAGCUAAUGAUCAGCUGGUACAACUCGCUCUGUACAAUUCAGCGACCUCUAGCCGUCACUGGAAUGCUGGUGGUCAUGCGCUCAACAUAGAGACCGCUGCAUACGCGUUGCUGGCUCAAGUCAAAAUGAAUCGACUAAAGUACGYAGGACCUAUUGUAAUCUGGCUGACAGAGCAAAAAAAUUCAGGCGGAGGAUUUCAGUCCACUACUGAUACAUGCGUGGCACUUCAAUCCCUGGCAGUUUACAGUGAGCAAACAGCGGGAUCAAAGCUAGACCUGAAAGUCACAAUCAAAUCAGAGCUGGGCCGAGUGAAGUUGCACAGGCAACUCAGGAUAAACAAGGAAAAUGCCUUAUUACAGCAAUCAGUUGAUGUCGACGUGAAGUAUAAUGUUCCAUCAACGAGAAAAGAUCGGUGCGACUUCAUGGUGAGUGUUACAGUAAGUGAAGAUGGCAAUGGACGAACACUGACAAGAUUACCACUGAAUGAUGCUCCAGCACUUGCACCCACAAGAAAACCAAGAGGCAAGAAGAACAUCAAAAAGAACAAGAAAAAUAGGAAUAAGCCUAACAAAAACAAGAAGCCUAAGAAAAGCAAGAAGUCUAACAAAAACAAGAAGGGAAACAAAAACAAGAAGGGAAACAAAAACAAGAAGGGAAACAAAAACAAGAAGGGAAACAAAAACAAGAAGGGAAACAAAAACAGGAAGGGAAAUAAAAACAAGAAACCUAAGAAAAACAAGAAGCCUAACGAGCAAUCGCACAAAGGAAAACCCCUCAUCAUAAGAGUUUGCGCACAAUAUAAAAAACCUGGUAAAACAGGAAUGUCUAUUAUAGACGUCGGAUUACUUACCGGAUACGAAGUGGACAUCAACUCAGUGAAGCAGCUGCUGCGAAAGAAUAACGGAACCAUCGCUAAUUACGAACUUUCCCAAAGAUCAAUUGUGUUUUACUUGGAUGAGAUUGAUAGUGCAAGGCAAGUUUGCGUGGCACUCAAGGUAUCGCCCAUAAUCGCCGUUGAUGCCGUUUAUCCUGUCCCUGUGAAAGUCUACAACUACUACGAACCCGAUGAGGCCUGCAUUAAAUUCUAUAGCUCGGAGAAGACUUCCCUUAUCAUGGGCAGCUGCGAAGGAAAGUCUUGUAAAUGUACUCAAGAUAAAUGCACAGCCCCAAACCCAAGCAUCAGUAACCUGAAUAAACUGGUUCGACAAGUAUGCAGCAUGUAUAACUAUGCAAUCAAGGUCGAGGUACUUCUYGUAGAUGAACAAAAUACGUGGCUGACGUACGACGUUAAGGUUAUACAAGUCAUCAAACAAGGAAAUACCGUACUAAAGAGCCGACAGGUCAUCGAAUUGCGCAAGAGAGGUAUGUGUAAUAGUCCCAGACUCCAAAAAGGUGACAUCUUGUUGGUGAUGGGACGAGACAAGUCUGGCAAGUUCAUUCUGGAUAACAGUGCAUUUGUYAAGAAAUGGAGAGGGAGAGACGYUCRACAACUUGACRCUUUGGUCAGAAGGAUUGUUGGUGGGGAAUGUUCAUAGAUCAAGACCUGACAGCAGCACGUGAUGAUACAUUAUCGAACUCAAUCAAGAUAUAUACACCUUAGUAAAUAAACAACCCAAUCAUUAAAGUUUUAAAGUUUUUGUUCGAGACGCUUUYUCUAGAGAAUUUAGCUGUUAAUGUUGACCUCGGUCAUCCAACCACUUUGAAAGCAUUAAAAUCCUACAAAUGUUUAACAUUAAUUCAGAUUAAGAGACUUAUAUCCAAACCAAAUGGUAAAUGAUUUGCAAUAUUAAAAGAAAACAUCAAAGUACA